AUGAUAUGGUUAAUUGCUGUUUCAAUUGGUUGUUGUUGUUGUUGUUCAUUAAUAGUUCUUCGAUUAUUAUGUCGAAAACGAAUUAAGAUUGAUGGAAAAACAGUUUUAAUUACUGGUGCUUCAUCAGGUCUUGGUGAAGCAUUAGCAAGAUAUCUUUUUAAUAAACAAUGUCAAUUAAUUCUUUUAGCAAGACGUUUAGAUCGUCUUGAAAAUUUACGUCAAGAACUUUCUAAUUUACAUCCAACAUAUCCAAAACCAAAAAUAAUACAAAUUGAUUUAUCUAAUUAUGAACAUAUAACAUCAUCAUCAAUAUUAAUGAAUAUUCUUGAACAUGAAACAAUUGAUUGUUUAAUUAAUAAUGCUGGUAUAAGUCAACGUUCAUCUGUAUUUGAUACAUCAAUUGAUAUUGUUAAUGAUAUAUUUCGUUUAAAUUAUUUUUCACUUGUUACAUUAACAAAAUUAAUUUUAAUAAAAAUGAUUGAAAAAAAACAAAAAAAUUCUACUAUUGUUAAUAUAUCAAGUUUACAAGGUCUUAUUGCUGUACCUGAUCGUAGUUCAUAUUCAGCAUCUAAACAUGCUGUACAAGCAUUUAGUGAUUCAUUACGAAUGGAACUUAAAGAACAAUAUGCAGAACAAAAUAUAAAUAUUUGUGUUAUUAGUCCAUCAUAUAUUCGAACUGAAUUAGGUCAACAAGCAUUAAAUCGAAUGAAUAAUAAAAAUGAAAAAUUAAUUGAAGAUAAUAAAUCAUCAGCAUAUGAACCUGAUUAUGUUGCUAAACGAAUUGUUAAAGCAAUUGAAUAUAGAGAAAAUGAUGUUAUUAUUGCACCAUUUCAACAAUAUUUAGCAAUUUGGUUAAGAAGAUUUUGGCCAGAAAGAUUUUUUAAAAUCAUGGUAGCAAGAAAUAAACGAUUAAAAGCUAAAAAAUAA